CCACUGUCUUCCCGUUAACUUCCAGGGACGAAAACAAAUAACGUUUUGACUGCGGCAGAGAGGGAGUUCAGACUAUUUUUGCAUUGGCUUAUAUCAAUUGUGUAUAUUUUCAUAUACCGAUGUCACUCGUGAGGCCCAUUACCGUAAGCCUACAGCUGUUACAACGUCAUUAAGAUAGUCUCGUGUGGACACGGUGGACUAGAGUCUACUAAACGGACCACGACCGAGGCGCGCGCACAGUAGCCGGCUGAGACGCAUUCUACUUCGCCCUGAUGUUUGAGUGACUGAGUGACUGCUGUAAAAAGGUUUCUAUGCCUCUAACAUAUCCAAGGAGGAUAGGGAAGAGUGGGGAGGAAGAAUAAAGACAACGGAAAUCUUAAAUGAACUAGUUCCUCCUCUUCUGACGUGUUGGGAAUAGCCAAACUUCCUGCAGCCGCCACCAUGAACCUCUCCAACGAGACGACUCCACAGUGCUUCUCCAUCAACAAUCCCCCCUUCAACUUCCCCCACACCAUUGCUUCUGUCUACUUCUCCACUGUGUUCAGCCCUCUGGGCCUCACCUUCAACCUCAUCGCCUUUGUGGUCCUCCUCAAGUCCUUCCAGCGCACGCACAGCCGCUCGCGCUCCUCCUUUCUCGUCUUCCUCUGCGGCCUGGUGGUCACCGACUUCAUGGGCCUCCUGGUCACCGGCAUUAUCGUGAUCACCUUCCACUUCACCCAGUUCAACUGGCGCCGCCUGGACCCGCACUGCCACUUCUGCAACUACAUGGGCAUGUCCAUGGUCUUCUACGGCCUGUGCCCGCUGCUGCUGGGCGCCACCAUGGCUGUGGAGCGCUUCGUGGGCAUCAACCGGCCGUUCUCCCGCUCGACCAGCAUGACCAAGUCGCGGGCCGUGUGCAUAGUGCUGAUGGUGUGGGCGGUAGCGGGAUGCAUCUCACUACUGCCCCUGGUGGGUGUGGGGAGCUACCACAUGCAGAUACCAGGCUCCUGGUGCUUCUUCAACAUUAGCUCUAAGGCUAGCGACAUGGUCUUCUGUCUACUCUUCUCUCUGGUCGGGCUGCUGUCCAUAGCCGUGUCCUUCCUGCUCAACACGGUGAGCGUGGUGACCCUGGUCAAGGUGUGCUGCGGCCAGGACAGCAUGCAGCGUCGCCGCGACUACGAGGUGGAGAUGAUGGUGCAGCUCAUCUGGAUCAUGAUGAUCGCUACCAUCUGCUGGUGCCCUCUGCUGGUGUUUAUUGCGCAGACUGUGUUGUCAGAGAGCCCACUUCAGGUCCGCAACCUGCUGCUCUUCAUCCGUUUCGCCACCUGGAACCAGAUCCUGGACCCCUGGGUGUACAUCCUGUUUCGGCGUGCCGUCCUUAAGCGCCUCUACCCCAACUGGGACUGGUCCCGGGGCUCCAUAAGGACCCUGUACCCGGCCUCCUUUGUCGGCACCAUCCGCCGGUUCACCCGUUCUUCCCUGGGCGGUGAUGUCCUGGGGGGUGGCGAAAGGCGCGUGUCAGUCGAAACCCAGUCAUUUAACGUGAAGGCUCCACCUUCAUCACCUUGACUGUUUCCUGUUGUUGUGCAUUGGUACUCCUCCUCGUCAGUGACAUUUUUAUUUAUAUGUUUUUUAGGUGCUGUUUAAACAGUUCUAAAAAGAGACUGAACAUGGAUACUGCUGUGGCAUUCCACUGGGCACAAACAGGUUGAAUAAACGUAUUAUGACGUGGAAUCUAUACAUUGGAAUUGAAAAAAUGUCAAAUGUUUUUUUCAACCACAAGGUUAUGUUGUCAUUGAAACCAAUUUUCAACAUAGACAAACCUUGUAUGAAAUAUGUUGCAUUUGUAUCUUUGAAACAAUGGCAGAACUUCAACGUUAUAUCCACUAUCAGAAAAAGAAAAAAAACAACAGGCAGAGCAGCACCUCCUACUGGAGAGAUGAUCUAUCUACAACUAUAAAUUUAGUUUCCCAUCCAGGGUUUCCACCAAGCUCAGCCCUACUUAGUUGUUAUGUACUAUGUCACUGACUACUACCAAUGUGCUAUUGUGAGAAUGAUUGUUGAGAGAUCUCUUAAUAACUAAAUAUAUUCACUGUUGCUAUCAAAGUAUUUCCAUAGAGUAGGUUCUAAUGAAAUGUAACCAUACUUUAUAAGUCAUGUAUCAUCAAUUAUACUAUUUAGGCCGAUAUAGUAUUUGCAAAGUCAUCAACAUCUAUUGUCUCAAUUCAACCAUGGUAAAAAAAAUAUAUAGAAACUGGGUGGUUCGAGCCCUGAAUGCUGAUUGAUUGACAGCCGUGAACUUAUACCACGGGUAUGACAAAAUAUUCAUUUUAACUGCUUUAAUUACGUUGGCAACCAGUUUAUAACAGCAGUAAGGCACCUCAGGGGUUUGUGGUAAAUGGCCAAUAUACCACUGCUAGGGGCUGUAUCCGGGCACACGUUGCGUGGUGUGUAAGAAUAGCCCUCGGGCUGUAUUGCAUAAAUAGACAAUACAUAUAGGCUUAGGGUUUCAAGCUUUGGUUCAUUUCAAAUUUACUCAUCAAGGUCAUUAUUAAUAUGUUGUAUUCAUGUUUCCAUCUCAACCAAAAAUUUAAGUUAAAGAAUAUGGACUAAAUUUAAAUCAAAGUUUAUUUCAUGUGCAUUUAAAGUUUGAUUUGAUUUAAUUUAGUCCUAUUCUUUAAAUUAGAUUUUUGUUUGAGAUGGAGACGUGAAUCCAACAAUUAAUUUGUAGACAAACUGAGUGUUGAAUUGGGUUUGACUGUCUACGCAGUUUAAUAUCACCAUUUGAAAGAGAUAUUCUGUUUGGAAGAUAUAGUGCUGAAACAAAUCUUGGGUUGCUAGAGACGCGACCCAGUCGUUCAGUCUUUUUGUUCUGUAUCUAUGGACCCGUCCCAGUCAUUCAGUCUUUUUGUUCUGUAUCUAUGGACCCGUCCCAGUCAUUCAGUCUUUUUGUUCUGUAUCUAUGGACCCGUCCCAGUCAUUCAGUCUUUUUGUUCUGUAUCUAUGGACCCGUCCCAGUCAUUCAGUCUUUUUGUUCUGUAUCUAUGGACGCGUCCCAGUCAUUCAGUCUUUUUGUUCUGUAUCUAUGGACCCGUCCCAGUCAUUCAGUCUUUUUGUUCUGUAUCUAUGGACCCGUCCCAGUCAUUCAGUCUUUUUGUUCUGUAUCUAUGGACCCGUCCCAGUCAUUCAGUCUUUUUGUUCUGUAUCUAUGGACGCGUCCCAGUCAUUCAGUCUUUUUGUUCUGUAUCUAUGGACGCGUCCCAGUCAUUCAGUCUUUUUGUUCUGUAUCUAUGGACGCGACCCAGUCAUUCGUUCUUUUUUUCCUGUAUCUAUGGACGCGACCCAGUCAUUCAGUCUUUUUGUUCUGUAUCUAUGGACGCGACCCAGUCAUUUGUUCUAUAGCCAUACUGGCUGACAACGUUCUUAUCCCUUGCUCGCUAGCUAGCCAACUACGUCUAACUUACAGUUACGUCAAAAAGUGCAGCCAGAAUAACAGCAAAGUAGCUGCAUUUGUUUAAGCUGUUUUCUAGUGACAUUUAUUUGGAUAUAGUACAUCCAUUACAAUAAGCUGGUGAAAUCGAAUUUGAAUAUUGAAACAAUAUUGCGAAUGUCGGAGAGACUGACAGCAAGGUUUAUACAAAUCUCCGCUGUUGAAAACUACAUUUUAGUCUAAAAGACAUUAGAUAAUAUCUAGAUGUUUUUUAUAGUGGAGAUCAAGUGUAUAAAGUGCCUGGCUGGGCUGAUGAGACAGUGGAAUGCACAGUCAGAUGGAACAAAGUAAACAGGCAUUUUAAAGUCAUAGAUUUAGCCGGUGAAAAUUUGUGGAAUAGACACCGGCUGGAAUGCGAUUUUAACCAAUCAGCAUUCAGGAUUAGACCCACCCAUCGUAAAAUACUUUGUAGAAGCACCUUUGGCAGUGAUUACAGCUGCACUUUAGUUUCUAGGCCCAACUGUUCGGACGCUACAGACAUUUUCGUGAGAAGACCGAUUUUCUGACAAACACAGCUGUAGCUCGGCCACUUUCCAACACAGAUGAGGAAGUCCGACAGAGGUGGAUGCGGUGAAUUAAGACACAUCCGUAAUCAUAGAAAGCGAGCAUGUUCGACAUAGCAUUCAAAGGUCGCAGGUCUGUGGAAAUCCUCCCAAUUGCUAUAAUAAUCUGCGCAGAAUCUCAAACAGCAUUGAUCACUUGCACCAUGCUCUUUUAAUGUAAUCUCAACUACAAUCCAGGUAAUUUGGUUGUGCUAUUAGAUAAAGCACAUUGAUAAAACAUUUCAGUAGUCGUAUAAUUACAAAAUGUCUGACAUUGUAUUCCCAUUUGAACUUUGGUGUGCUUUUAAAUGGUUCAAAUUGCUGUGAAAACACAUUUAGAUGACAGCUAAACCAGAAAUCAGACAUUGUUUUUCCAUUGGAAUUUGGUUGCGCUUUUAGAUGGUUAAACGCAUAGUGAAAACACAUUGGGAAUUCAACAAACAUCUGGCUGUCUUUUAGAGUGGGUCCGUAAAGGUUGAAAUCUCAUUGAUCAACGUCUCAACCAAAAAUGUCCAAGUUGAAAUGGCACGGUGUGCCCAGUGGGAUGGCAUUGGAGCUGAGAGCUGGCUAUUUCUGUGCCCUAAGCACAUGAUGUUGCCAGUGGGGUGAUAUUGUGUGGUGGUAUUCAGCAUUGUUUAGUAGAGACCAAGGAAAUGUGAUUAGAGCCUGACAGCAGCAUCUGGUUUAGAUUUAGACUGUGUGAUGUAUCGCUGUGCUCAUCAGUCACACAUAAAAAUGGACAAAUGAAGUCCCUUCCUACACCAGAGUUUGUAUUGAGGAUGCACUUCCUUAUCAGAUUCCAUGCCAAAGACCACCACGUCAUGCUGUGUACGUGACUAUGUGAGUUUUUAUGUGUUCAUGUGAACGUGUGGGUGUAUCACUGUGGUUAAGUGAAUGCUUAUGUGUGUGUGUACUAACUUUCUCCUGUUGCUAUGCAGCGGCUUCACCUGACAUUAAUCAACCACAGUAUUCAUCACCAAAAGGACAACUGUCAUCGGCUCUGUUGAGGUAUCUGGCCUCCGCUGGCACAGUGCCCUUCGUUGGUUGGCUGACUGCCCUAUCUCCCUGUCUGCUUCUUGAAUCCUAUGACCCUCUGUUCUGUCCUCAUGUUCAACUAUGGUUGACUUUUAUACCAGUGACGCAUGGAUGGGCCGAAGAAGAGGUGUUACUAUGUAGUUUUGCGUCUACACUUCCUAUGAAAGAUGAGGAGAGAUGGUCCCUGAUGAUAUGGACAUGAAUUCAUCAAUAUGUUAAUCAUACGCAUGUACAUAUACUCUUCCUUUUUAAACAGUGUUACAAAUUCAAGUGAUCAAGUUUCAAAGUCAACCCAAAGCUAGGAAAAGUGUUAAAGACUGUGAAAUGAUGGUGAGGAAGAAUGCAUGUCAUGUUGCAUGUUAGUUCACUAUGUAUGUGUAUAAUGUGUCUUCUAUUUUUUGAAGGAAAACCGAUGAAACGAUGUAAUGUCUGGCUGUGUGGGGUUUGAUGUAUGCUAUGAUGACACAGGUGUCUGAGCAUGUGCAAUGCAGAUGUAACAUGUAUACAGUCGGUGGAAGUUGGUCUGUAUUUUCUCCCAGGGGAAAUAAAAGCUGAAAGGUUCAACUAAAAGUGA